UACUGUCAGCUGGAUGUGACGCGGCUUUGCAAGGAGAGGGAGGAUACCGGCUGUUUGCUCAGAGGGACCUGCAGAUGUUACCUUGUCUCUUGUGUUAAGUGAUGUUUGUCCUCGUGCUUUGAAUCAUUAAAGAUGGCAACACUGGAAUUGUACAGCAAGGGGGCAAAUGUGUGGGUUCCUGAUCCAGAUGCUGUCUGGGUUUCAGCCCAGCUUCUCCAGGACUACAGGUCUGGAGAGAAGCACCUGCUGCUACAGCUCUCAAAUGGAAAUGAGGUCCAUUACCCAGUGGGCUCUCCCUCUGAUCUCCCACCUUUGGGGAAUCCCGACAUACUGGAGGGCGAGAAUGAUCUAACAGCUCUUAGCUUUCUCCACGAGCCCGCUGUGCUGCAUAACCUCCGGGUUCGAUUCCUGGACUAUAGCAGCAUCUACACAUACUGUGGUAUUGUGUUAGUGGCCAUAAAUCCAUAUGACCAACUUCCAAUAUACGGAGAGGAGGUGAUAGACGCUUACAGCGGUCAGGACAUGGCUGACAUGGAACCACACAUCUUUUCUGUGGCUGAGGAGGCCUACCGCACUAUGAUCAGGGAGGAGAAGAACCAGUCUAUCAUCAUCAGUGGGGAAUCUGGCUCAGGGAAAACUGUCUCUGCAAAGUUCACCAUGAGAUAUUUCGCUGUGGUUGGAGGAGCAGCACAGCAGACCAGUGUGGAGGAGAGAGUUUUGGCUUCCAACCCAAUCAUGGAGUCCAUUGGUAAUGCUAAAACUACCCGAAAUGACAACAGCAGUCGUUUUGGGAAGUACAUCGAGAUUGGCUUUGGCAGAAAGGGGGACAUCAUUGGGGCCAAUAUGAGGACCUAUCUGCUGGAGAAGUCACGGGUGGUCUUCCAGGCAUCAACAGAGAGGAAUUACCAUAUCUUCUAUCAGCUGUGUGCAUCCAGAGAGCUGCCUGAAAUGAGGUCCCUCAAACUGGAUGCUCCUGAGAAUUUCCGCUACACUAACCAGGGAGGAGAGAUGCAGAUACCUGGUACUGAUGAUUUGUCAGACCUGGAGCGCACUCGCAAUGCUUUCACCAUUCUGGGUGUGCAGCCUGACCAACAGAUGGAACUCUUCAGGAUCCUGUCAGCUGUGCUCCACCUGGGAAAUGUCAACAUUCAAGCCAGUGGGCGAAGCUCUGACCGGGGUUACAUUGAUGCAGAGGACCGCUCUCUGGCUGUCUUCUCCAAGCUGCUUGGAGUUGAGGGAUCUCAGAUGGCUCACUGGCUGUGCCAUCGCAGAUUUGCUGUAGGAGGAGAGAUGCUGGUUAAACCUAUGACUGGCCAGCAGGCCGUAGAAGCCAGAGACGCACUUGCUAAACACAUCUAUGGUCAGCUGUUCGCGUGGACUGUCCAGAGGCUCAACUCAGCUCUGCGGGCCCAGCAAGGACGGACCAAAUCCUUUGUAGGGGUUUUAGAUAUCUAUGGGUUUGAGACCUUUGAAAGGAACAGUUUUGAGCAGUUCUGCAUAAAUUAUGCAAAUGAAAAACUGCAGCAACAGUUCAACAGACAUGUGUUCCACUUGGAGCAGGAGGAGUACGUCCGUGAGGAGCUGGCAUGGAGCCGGAUUGAGUUCAGUGACAAUCAGCAGUGCAUCGAUCUAAUAGAGGGACAGCUGGGCAUGUUUGAUCUCUUGGAUGAGGAGUGCAGGAUGCCUAAAGGUUCUGAUGAAAGCUGGGUGCGCAAGCUGUACGACCAGCACCUGAACAGCAAGCCUCACCCUCACUUCAGGAAGCCUCGCAUGUCAAACAGCGCCUUCAUCGUCCUGCACUUUGCUGACACAGUCCAAUAUGAAUGCGAUGGCUUUUUAGAUAAAAAUCGAGACACGGUCUUUGAAGAGCUCAUUAACAUUUUGAAAGCAAGUCAGUCUGAGCUGGUCGCUGAGUUGUUCCAGCAGCAGAGAAAUGCGUCUCCUGUGGCCAAUGGAAGCAUUCGCUCAGGUAAACGAGCCACCAGAGAACACAAGCUGACAGUAGGCUUUCAGUUCCGUCAGUCCUUACAGAUGUUAAUGGAAACUCUCAACAGCACCACCCCUCACUACGUCCGCUGUAUUAAACCCAAUGACCUCAAAGAGCCUUUUCUGUUUGACCCUAAGAGGACAGUCCAGCAGCUAAGAGCUUGUGGGGUGCUGGAGACCAUCCGCAUCAGUGCAGCAGGUUAUCCGUCCAGAUGGACGUAUGAGGAGUUCUUCAGCAGGUAUCGAAUUCUUCUUCGGGGACCUCAGAGCCAGGACCAGGCCCAGGCCUCGUGCAGACGGGCCCUGCCUCAGCUCAUCCCAGAUCCGGACCAGUACUGCUUUGGAAAGACAAAAGUAUUUUUCCGGGCUGGUCAGGUGGCUCUUUUGGAGAGGUUGAGAGCUGAGAGACUGAGAGUGGCUGCUGUGAUCAUCCAGAGUCAAGUUAGAGGAUGGCUGGCACGGAUCAGAUACACCAGGAUCCUCUGGGCUACUCUCACCAUACAGAGAUACAGCAGAGGGGCGCUGGCCAGACGACUGGCUUUGAUCCUGCGCUACACCAGGGCUGCCUUGGUGAUCCAGAAGACUUAUCGUAUGAUGGUGGUCAGGCAGCUAUUUUUCAUGAUCCGACACGCCACUGUCACAAUCCAGGCAUUCACCAGGGGGAUGCUGGAGCGCCGCAGAUACAGACUGCUGGUGGCAGAGAGGGCGGCCGUGCUGCUCCAGGCCACGGUGCGUGGGUGGUUGGCGAGGCAGGCGUACAGGCGCGUACGUGCGGCGGUCGUGUUCAUGCAGUGCUGCAUUCGCCGCAAGGCUGCCAGGAGACAGCUGCUGAAACUGAAGUCUGAGGCCCGCUCUGUGGAGAGAUACAGAGAGCUCAACAAAGGCAUGGAGGUCAAACUGAUGCAGCUGCAGUUGAAAGCAGACCAGGAGGCCAGGGAGAGCGCUGCUUUGAGAGAAACCCUAAUGGCAGAGCGAGAGGCUUCCAGCACCGAGCUGGCGGCUCUGAGGGCAACGAUACAAAAACUAGAGAGCCAGUUACAGGAGAAGCCUCCGCCUGGGCCUGUUAUCAGCGAAAAGGAGGCAGAGGAGAGAAGAAGAGCUGAAGAGAAAGCUGCCCAGGAGAUCCUCCAGCUUAAAGAAGAGCUGCAAGCACUACAGAAAGAAAGGGAUAGUUUUUGCAAAGAGAGAGACGAUCUCUCGGCUUCCCUGCUGGAACAAGAAGAAAAACAAGAAGAGUGUGUGCAUCAGGCUGUGUCUCAGGUGACCUCGGCUCUUCGGGCAGAGGUGGACGAGGAGAGGAGAAAGUAUCAGGGUCUUCUGAGAGAGUUCACCAGACUGGAGCAGAGAUAUGACAACCUCAGGGAGAUGAGUCUGCUCACAGAGCGCACCAAAGGCCACAGAAGAACCGACUCCACCCAGAGUCUGGAACCUCUCUCUCCCUCGACGCCGCUGUCCCCCCAGUCUCUCACCCCACUCUCCAUAUCACCAUUCCCAUCUGCUGUUCCAUCCCCAGAGGAGGUCCGAAGGAUCAGCGUGACGUCCCCCUCUGCAGAGAAGAGAGUCUCAAUGUGGAGCUCUGAAGCCUCAAUGGAGCAGCUGAUGGAGAAGAUGGACGUGGCCAAAGACCCAUCGGUGAAGAUGAAGGGAGAAGAUCUGGCUCAUGCUUAUGAUGCUGUACGAGUGGCAAACAAGUUUCUGGAGAGCCAGCUACGUAACCAGUGCAGUCAGUGGGAGAAGGAACUGGAAACUCUGAGGAGUCAGCUUGCCCAAGCGGUGUCUGUUUCUUCCUCUGCUGCACAGAGACAGGAUAUUCAGGAGCUGCUGGAAGCCCGAGAGCGUGAAUGUGUGAGGCUGAGGAGAGAGCUGAAGGAACUGAGAAACACAGUCUCACUGAGGCGACUCCUGACACAAGUUUUCCCAUCAGCUUUGGCCACAGAGACUUCCUCUCCUGCCCAGUCGAAGCCAGCAGCAGUUACUGGUUUACUGGAAUGUAGAAAAAGAGACGAAACCAAACUGAUCAAGAAUCUCGUCACAGACAUCCGUGUUGACAGCGCCCUGUCUUUGGCUCCCGGUCUGCCUGCCAGCGUGCUCUUCCUGUGUGUCCGCCAGGCCGACUGCAGCGGGGACCAAGCUCGCGCUCGCUCUCUUUGUAGCGCUGCUGUCACCGCUAUGAAGGCAGCUCUGAAGAAACAUGUCAGUGACAUAGACAUGGCUGCUCUGUGGUUGAAGAACAUCUGUCUGUUCCACGACUUGUUGACCCAGCACUCUCCAAAGCAGACCCUCGACUCAGACACACUGGUUCCCCUGUCUGCUGAUAUGAAUGACUUGAUCCGCACCCUGAGCGACCUCUCUAUCCAGGCCUAUCAGCAGCUCCUUUCCAUCACCGAGACCCGUCUACAAAACAUCAUAGUCCCUGCCCUGUUGGAGAGCGAAACCAUCCAAGGUCUAUCAGGCUCAGCGGUGAAGCUGGCAGUGAGCAGGAAGCGGGCCGGCUCAGACCCCAGGACUGUAGGAGGCGAGGCUCCCACGAUGGCGUCUGUGCUGAGGGAGCUCGGAGCCCUUCACACCGCUCUGACUCAACAAGCUCUGCCCAAGACCCUGAUGGAGCAAGCCUUUCACCAGCUCACCUACCUCAUCUGUGCCUCUGCUUUUAACAGCCUGCUGCUGAGGAAGGACAUGUGCAGCUGGAGUCGUGGCCUGCAAAUACGCUACAAUGUGAGCGUCCUGGAGGAGUGGCUGCGGGGCCGCGGUUUACAGGCAGGGGGCGCUGUGGCCACACUAGAGCCCCUCAUCCAGGCAGUGCAGCUGCUGCAGGUGGGGAAAAAGACCGAGGCGGAUGCUCAGGGGAUCGUCCGGACUUGCAGUGCCUUGUCCAGCCAGCAGAUCGUGAAGAUUCUGACUCUCUACACCCCCCACAGCGAUCUGGAUGAAAGAGUCACUCUGAAUUUCAUACGUUCUGUUCAGGGGCUUCUCAAAGGCCGCUCUAACAGUCAGCCUUCACAGCUCCUAAUGGAUGUGAGGAGAGUGUUUCCUGUCAUAUUCCUCUACUCGCCUCCCCCCGUCCUCAGCGCGGAGCAGUUAGUCAUCCCAGACUCCCUCAAGAUCUCCUUUCUGCGCAAAGCAUAAGAAGCAGGAUGCAAAUUUAUUAAUGCUCCAGUGAAUUUAACUCCUAACUUGCUGAAGUUAUUCCUUGGAAAUUGAAAUGACUUACUGAGAAUUUCUUCUUUCAGACUUUUAAAAUGUGCAUUAACUUGUUUAAUUAGGCUGUCAUCGGUGUAGUCUGUAUCUUAUAGAAGGUUGCGAGUUAUUUCA